GCUUCUCCCCAAGCGUGUGUUUGUGUGUGUGCGGGCAGCGUUCUGUAAUAGCCGCAACUUCGGAUUAACGUGUUAUGGACGAGCGCACCAUCUGGAAUUCUUGCCCUGACACACGAGGGGUUUUUGUCCGUGUGAAACAAGCUUUCUGAAAUCUGUACAGAAGUUCGUCCUGGAAAUGGCUCUGAAGUGCACAGCGAUGCGAAAUCCAUCGACGGCUAAACAGCUUCCCUGGGUUUCGCUGACGUCUGCAUCGCUUCACUGAAGAUGGACACACUGGAGUCAGAGUUGACUUGCCCAAUCUGUCUAGAGCUUUUUGAUGACCCUUUACUGCUGCCUUGUGCCCACAGUCUGUGCUUCAACUGCGCUCACCGCAUCCUAGAGUCCCACUCCUGCGCAUUCGACGAGUCCACACAACCGUUCACUGCAUUCCAGUGUCCCACCUGCCGCUAUGUCGUCACACUCGACUUGCAGGGCCUAGACGGACUCAAACGCAACGUCACUUUGCAGAACAUCAUUGACCGCAUCCAGAAGGCCUCUUUGAGUGGACCCAACUCUCCAGACGAAACUCGCCGCUGCGAUCAGUUCCCCUCAGGCGUGGACGAUUGCGCGGUCAUGACUUCAUCAUGUGAGCCAGUCCGGUGCCAGUUCUGCGAGCAGGACCCUCCGCAGGAUGCGGUAAAGACUUGCGUCACCUGCGAGGUGUCGUACUGCCAGGAAUGCCUUCGGGCGACUCACCCAAACAAGAAGCCCUUCACGGGUCACCGCCUAACAGAACCGCUACCGGACUCACGUCUCAGAGGACUGGCCUGUUCGGAGCAUGGAGAGGAGAAGGUGAACAUGUACUGCAUGACGGAUGAACAGCUGAUCUGCUCAUUGUGUAAACUGGUGGGGCAUCAUCGCGAGCAUCAGGUGUCGUCACUAGGAGAACGAUACGACAAGCUCAAGCAAAUGUUGGAUUCAAACCUCAGCAAUCUGAUCAAGAGGAAUAAUGAGCUGGAAAACCUGAUGGGGAAGUUAAUUCAGACCUGUCAACAUGUGGAGCACAAUGCAGCUCAUCAGGAGAGCAAACUCACGGAGGAAUGUGAUGUUCUCAUAAACAUCGUCCAGCAGAGACGGCAAAUUAUCAGCACUAAGAUAAGAGAAGGAAAGGUGGUUCGGUUGAGAAAGCUCGCUCAACAGAUAGCUAACUGUAAACAGUUCAUGGAGCGAUCUUCAUCUGUCAUCUCUCAAACUGACCAAGUCCUGAAAGAGACCGAUCACGCCCGUUUUCUACAGACCGCAAAGAGCAUCUCGGAGAGAGUGUCUAUGGCUACAGCAUCCUCACAGGUCCUGAUCCCAGAGAUAAACCUGAAUGACACGUUUGAUGCGUUCACACUGGACUUUAGUAGAGAGAAGAAACUGCUGGAGAGUUUGGAUUAUCUCACAGCUCCUAGUGUGCCCGCUUUACGCGAGGAGCUUUGCACAGCAUCUUACGACACCAUCACAGUGCACUGGACAUCAGAGGAUGAAUUUAGUGUUGUUUCUUAUGAGCUCCAGUACACCAUCUCCACAGGACACACUAAUGUUGUCAGUCUGUGUAACUCGAUGGAUAGCUGGAUGAUCGUUCCCAACAUUAAACAGAAUCAUUACACUGUUCACGGGCUGCAGAGUGGAACCAAAUAUAUUUUCAUUGUGAAAGCCAUAAACCAGGCCGGGAGCCGCAGCAGUGCACCAGGCAAACUGAAGACAAACAGUCAGCCGUUUAAGCUCGACCCGAAGUCUGCCCACAGGAAGUUAAAGGUAUCACAUGACAAUCUGACUGUGGAGCGUGAUGAGGCAUCGUCCAUGAAAAGCCACGCACAGGACCGCUUCAGCAGCACUGGGAACUACGGUGUCACUGGGAACGUGUACAUUGACAGUGGGCGACAUUACUGGGAAGUUCUGAUUGGAGGAAGCACAUGGUUCGCCAUUGGAAUUGCCUACAAAUCAGCUCCCAAGCACACGUGGGUCGGUAAGGAUUCGGCGUCAUGGGUGCUCUGUCGCUGCAACACAUCAUGGGCGGUGCGGCAUAAUGGUAAAGAGUUUCCAAUCGAACCCUCUCCUCACAUGCGCCGUCUGGGCAUUCUGCUCGACUACGACUCGGGAUCGUUAGCGUUUUACGAUGCAGCUGGAACACAGCACCUGUACACGUUUGACAUCGCCUUCUCGCAGCCCAUCUGUCCCGUCUUCAGCAUCUGGAAUAAAUGCUUGACCGUCCUCACAGGGCUGCCCAUACCAGACCACCUAGAGAUCAGUGACCCCCAUGACUAAACCAACACCCGAAAAUGAAACUUCUACCAUUUACUCACCCUCAUGUUGUUCCAAACCCGCAAGACUUUCCCUCUUCAGUGGAACACUAAAAGUGAUUUCUUGACGAAAGGUCUGGACACAACACAUUUUACUUCUGUAAUGUGACAGAUUUUACAAGCGAAACAGGAUAGUGAUUAAGACAAAAUGUGGGGAGGUACUUCAUCUUAGGUAAAACAUUUGAGUUACAGUAUAUACCACAAUGGAGUCACGUUGAAACGUUUGAGGUAUUGGUGACGAGACGGAGCAAGUUAUUUUUUUUUCUUGGGAAUAACUAGGGGUGGGCGAUAUAAGCAAAGAUUUCUGUCGUGAUAUUAUGGACAUUUUUGCCGAUCAGUACAUACACAUUGUUAUGGAAAGUGAUUCAAAAUGUUUUUUAAAAAUAGUAAACAUUUGUUUUUGAUUUAAAACAAUGUCCAAAGUAAUGUUCGACCUGUCAUACCCAUUGCAAAAAACAAAAAACAAAGUAAAUAUAAAAUUAUUAAAAAUAUUAUUUAAUCUAUUAUACC